CCUUCUGAAUCGAACGCUGGCACGCUGUGCGAUAUUGAUCAGCGCAGCCGCGAGUCCCGUGAUUUAAUAGCAUCAGACGCGCUCGUGACGCCGGACGGGUGCAGUCAAUGACGGACUUAAUUGCUUUUCAUUCCUCCGGUUUUUAUGACUCAGCCGAACAGGAAUAGACUCUCCUCCGUGUGUCCCUGGCGGCUGAGUGCUCUUCCGGCCCGCUGGCACGUGGCGUCCUGUCACGGCAGCAGCGCUCCGUGACGCUCCUGAGCGCUGCAGGAGGAGCACAGGAGCUGAAGUCGCGUGUUGUGGGACGAGUUGAGAUGAGUGAGUUAUAACAGAGUGUUUUUUUUAAAAGUGCAGCACAUUGUUAAAGUCAUGUGCUAUUAAUAAUUGCAAACUCAGCAAUAUUAAAAUAGAAAGAGUAUAAAAACAAAAAGCUUUAUAUCAAAGAGGAAUGAAAACAAUGAAAACCAGUCUACUGCAUCCUCUGUUUCCGUUUAUUCCAAUCAUCAAAUAAGCCCAAUAUUUGACUGUACUGUGUUUUAAUUGCAUCUCCAUGGUUUCCUCCAGUUUAUAUUAGGAGCACAUACAGCGCAGAGUCCUCGUAAAGCUGCUGCAUCAGUGUUGUCCUGUGGUUUGUCCUGCUGUUUCCUGUCAGAUCCGCGGUCGCCGCCCGUUGUCACGUCAGACGAGCCGGGCACCCGCGUGUUUACCCACUGAAAUCAGCUCCCCUUCCUAAAAUCAAGCUCUCAUCGCGUCCGUGCUGUUUUGCCCCCGUUCCCCGUCACUCCUCCCCCUCGGCACAGCUGAACUGUAGGUGCGGCGUGCAGGUGAGCCGCUGAACGGCGUCUGGCGGCUGCUGAUAAACGCAGCUCCUGCACUGAUGGACGCUAGUGACGGAAAUACGAGAACAGCCUGUUUCUCGCCAACUGUAACCUUCGUAGAGUCACAACUUGCGUUUUAUGGAUGCACAAACGCUGAUGCUGCAGGUGUCUCCUGGUCCAGGCCUUUCCUGUGACUCUGACCCGUCCUGCUUCUGCUGUUUGACCCCGGCACCUGUGGAGUCACACCUACAGCGUCAGCCGGCAUCAAAGCAUCCACGUCCAGAAAGCUUCACACGGCAACGAAAUUUAAUGUGUGCUUCUGAGAGCAAUGCAGCUUCAAUGGAGCUUUUACAGUUAAAAGGUUAACUCUGUGUUAAUGCACAGAGUGAUCUGUAGGAAGGUUAACAAGGCUGCUUUGAUAAACAUAAAGCUGAAACGAAAAGUUAUUCAUCAUUUUAGCUUUUAUGUAAAUAAGUAAUGAAUGUUUUUGUCUGUUUUGAACUUUUCCAGGAUCUGAUUUUAUUGACUUGCCCCAUUUUGCCCCAAUCUUCCCAGUUUGGCUCAAUUUUACCUCCAUGAAAGCAUUACUCACCCAGACUACACCCCCCCUUCCCCCACCUCCCCACCCAUGCCCCACCAUGUCAAACUUUCCUCCCUCCCUCUUCUUGCUGAGUUUAUAAGUCAGCACCGACACGCGCUGGCUCAGUGUAAAGAGCUAUAACAGAUGGUAUAACAGAACCGAUGCCCCUGGAGGAUUUCAUCUGAAGCGUCGCGUCCACAGCUUCGUCAUGGAUGAGUCCAGGCUGAUCUGGCACGUGCUGCGUGCGCUCGGCUUGGUGGUUGCGUCACUGUGCGCGGAUGAGAUGGAGUUCGAUGGGAACUACGCAGACGCCUAUGACAACGAGAUCUCUCAGGACCAGCAGGAGGAUUUCUCCCGCUGGGACAAGCUCUUCGUGGCUCUGGAGGACUCCCACAUGCAGCAGAAGAUGCUGCUGCAGUCCGUGGAGCAGUGCCGCGGGGCAGUGACCCGUCUCAGGACCCAAGUGGAAGAGCUGGCGAGAGGCAGUCCCAGCGCGGAGGCGGCGUGCCGGGCUCAAGCGGAGCGGGUCGGCGCCGGGCUGCGCCGGGCAAUCGUGGAGCUCAGAGAGGAGGAGGCGGCGAGGGAGGCGAGGCUGAACGCCACCCUGCGAGCGCCGCCGAGCCGCGGCCGCGGGGCGAGCGCGGCGGCGACGCCGGAGGUGAGCGCAAAGGAAGGGGUUGCCAUGACGACGGAGCUGGAGGAGGUUCACCUGCUGCUGACCAGGGUGUUAACGCAGGUGGAGGCGCUGAGGAGAGGCAGAGGGGACGUGUGACCUAAUAACACACGGGACGGAUGGAAGCACUCCAGUAACAGACAGUUAAUGUGCUAUAAAUAUUGUUGGUUUAUUAUAACAAAUAAAAGAUAAUUAAACAACACA